GAUUCUUGAUUGCAUCAUCUUUUUUUCUGUUCAAAGAAAUACAAAUUUCUGAAUUUUUCUCUUGAUUGAAAAUUGUGAAACACCCCAAAAAUACAAAACAAAAUGAUUCAUUUUUUAUUUUCGAAUAAAUAAUUCUUUAUUGUUUCAUCACUACAUCACUCAUUGAAAAUUGUUCCUAAUUCUGUAUUUUUUAUUUCUUGAUUUUGAUUUUUUGUCCGAAUAAAAAAAAAUUAUGUCAACCAAGAUAAUAAUAUCAUCAACAAUGUAUCCACAACGUUUACUAAUACAAAUGUUUAUCAUAAUAACAUUUGCAGCGGCAACAUUCAUUAUGACAGAUCCAAUAAUAAAUCAUCAACGGGAAGAUGAUCAACAAAUUAUAACGAAAAAUCUAAUGAAUAAUAAUAAUAAUAAUAAUGAUAAUAAUAAACAAAAAUAUUUAGUAUAUGAUGAUGAAAAAACACGUGCUGCCAUUGAUGAAUUGAAUGAAGUAUUACGUCAUAUAUUUCCUGUAGUACCAAAUAAUCAUCAUAUUCAUCAUCAAAAUCAUCAUAGCCAUCAUUAUUAUUUUAAUAAACAACCAUUGCAGCAACAGCAACAACAACAACAACAAUUGUAUCAACAUUAUCCAAAUCAUCAGCAACGAAAACAGCAACAACAUUUUUUCUGGUCACAUGGUAUAUUUUCUGAACCAUCAACAUCAUUAUCAUCAAAUUUGGAUUCAUUGAAUCAGCAUCGUCGUCUACAUCAAUCAUCAUCAUCAUUACCAUCACAGUUUUCAUCACAUACAGAUAUGAACGAUGUUAAUAGUAAUUCUAUUGAUAAUGAAGAUGAUGAUAAUAAUAAUGAUGAUGAUGUUGAUGAUGUUGAUCUAAAUGAUUCGGAUAUUAUCAUUCGUAGUAAUAAUAAUAAUAAUAAUUUUAAUGAUAAUAAUGAUGAAUUGGCAGCUAAAAAAUCUAAUCAAAUUAUUUCAUUGGAUAAUACAAAUCGACAAUUACCAUUACAAUCAUUAUCAUCAUCAUCAUCAUCAUCACCAUCAUUCGUUAACAUUGCAACAAAACCCAGUAUUAUGAUGGAAAAUAUGGAUCAUUCGUCUACCGAUAGGAUGAUUAAUAACAAUAAUAAUAAUAAUAAUCAACAAUCAAAAAAUAUAUUAUUAUCAACGAAAACAACAGCAAUGAAAAUAUUGCCACGAAUAUCAUCAUUAUCAUCAUCAUCGACAAGAGCAUUAAAUCUAGAAUCAAUUGAUAAUGAAAAUAAUGUAAUCAUCUUUGUUAUUUAUAGAAUUACGUUCGAAAUGAAUAAUAAUAAUAAUGUACAUUUAUCAUGUAUAUGUUGA